UUUGAGCUACACAGAGUGAACUGAACUAAUUCAUCACCAUCUUCUCUCCUUAUCCAAAAAUAUUUCUUCAUGCAGCAGCAAUGGUGACAGAAAUAACUGACACCAAGCUCCAAACGACACCGUUUCUGCUCUUUAAAUAACAUGCACCAUAACAGAAAACGCAGACGCAGUAAUUCCGCCGCUACCAAAAUGCGAUCUUGCAAAACCCUAAUUUUAACCCCUUCUCGUCUCAAAGAUCUUCUCUUAGCACUCUCCGCUCUCAUAAUCCUCCACCUCCUUUUCCACUCUCCUCCCCGCGCGUCCUUCACACGCUCCACUACCUCCCCCGCUUCUCCCCUCAACCGCCGCCACCUCCUCUUCUCCGUCGCCUCAUCCUCCUCCUCCUUCUCUCCCCGUGCACCCUACCUCCGCCUCUGGUACAACUCCAAAACCACGCGCGCGUUCGCUUUCCUCGACGCCAACGUGUCGUUUGUGGACCCCACGCUCCCUCCGGUCAUCAUUUCUAAGGACACCUCCCGGUUCCCCUACACGUUUAAAGGCGGGCUGAGGUCCGCGAUUCGGGUGGCGCGUGUGGUGAAAGAGGCGGUGGAUAUGAAUCUAGAGGAGGUGAGGUGGUUAGUGUUUGGCGACGAUGAUACGGUGUUUUUUGUGGAGAAUUUGGUGAGAACGCUGUCGUUUUAUGACCAUGAGCAGUGGUAUUAUAUAGGGAGUAAUUCGGAGAGUUAUGAACAGAAUUUGAAGAAUUCGUUUGAUAUGGGGUUUGGUGGGGGUGGGUUUGUGAUUAGUUAUUCGUUAGGUAAAGUUGUUGCUAGGGUUUUGGAUUUGUGUUUGAUUCGGUACGCUCACUUGUAUGGUAGUGAUGCUAGGGUUUUUUCUUGCUUGGCUGAAUUGGGUGUUGGCUUGACUCAUGAACCUGGCUUUCAUCAGGUUGAUAUGCGCGGGAAUUUGUUUGGCAUGCUUUCUGCCCAUCCUUUGUCCCCUUUGCUGUCUCUUCAUCACUUAGAUGCUGCAGACCCGAUCUUUCCUGAAAUGACCAAGAUUCAAGCUGUAAAGCACCUUUUUAAAGCUGCAAAUGUGGACCCUAACAGGAUUUUGCAGCAAACUGUAUGCUAUGACCGUAAACAUUUAUUAACGGUUAAAGUUGCUUGGGGCUAUUCUAUUCAGGUGUUUGAAGGCGAUGAAUAUCUUCAGGAUCUCCUUUCCUUACAGAAGACCUUCAGACCAUGGAGGAGAGGUUCAAAUAUUGAGUAUAGUCGUUUUAUGUUCAAUACUAGAGAUUAUCCUAGGGAUCUAUGUAAAAGACCACCUGUCUUCUUUAUGGAAAGUGUUGCAUCUGUUAGUAAUGGUGUUUUGAGCAAUUACACCAGAUACAGUAUUGGAAAUUGCCCUACAGCUAAAGCCAUUAAGAACCUUGACUAUAUCAAAGUAUUUGCGCAAAAUGUACAGCCUGACGGUGAACAGAUGAAGGUUCCUCGUCGACAAUGCUGUGACAUUUCUCCCACAUUUAAUGAGUCCAUGAUCAUCAACAUUAGGAAAUGUGGCGUUGACGAACUGAUUUCUAUGCGUUACUAAUUGCAGCCUACCAUGGGCAAUAGCUGCUGUACAAAGAGCAGACACAUUAAGUUCUCCAAAUUGGAAUCAGUUUUGAUCGGUUGUCUGGGAGCAACAAAUACAUAAGAGAGAUAAGGCCAGCAUCAGCAUCAGCAUCAGCAUCCUUAUCUCUUGUGGUUACUUUUCUCAAAUUUUCAAGUAACUGGACUGAAGUGCUUGAUUUAUAAAAAACCAUUUACAAUGUGUUGCUGCUCAACCAGGAGGAUUUUGCUAUGAGAGACCGAAUGCAAGCAUUUUCUGAAUCAGAUAUAGGAACACCCAGCAUAUUGUGUUGAGCUAGAAAAGUUGGACAAUCAUCUUUUAGCUCAAAAACUGUAUCACUAUUAUAAAUGUAGAUACAACCUAAGAAACAUCAUAUUGAGCAAGUUGUUGCUUAGAUUUGAAGUAAAGAUGGCAGCCUCGCCUUUCUAUUCAUGUAAGCUCCAUUUCUGUGAUGCGAAGAGUGUUGAUGUUACUUAGCUCUCAACUUCUCAUACCAUCAUACCAUGCUUCCCAUAGAAAAAAAUAAUCAUUGCUGAAGAUAAUACCAUCGAAGCAACUAACAAGCUGAGCCGUAAGUGAGUUGUUGGGAAGAAGCUGGAUCUCUGUUCUGUCAGUGAGAUUGAUCCCCGGAAUAUUGUUUCGUGAGGGAAAAAGUCGCUAGGAAAUUAAGUUACCCGACUUGUUCGCUCACAUCAACUGUUGGCAGAUAUAUUUAUAAAACCAUUGGCUAUAUAUCUCCAAGCUAACUUUCCAAACUUGAGUUCAUUUUAUCAUUUCCUUCAAUUUGAGAAAUGGUAUGGUACAAAUCUGCCAUGCUAUUAUUCAGAUCCCAAUAGUAUUUCUCAUAUCAGCCCUUAUUAUAGUUAGAAAUUAUUCUCAUUUUGUAUAAACCUAUUAUUUGUUUUAUGAAGUCUUGCUAUUUUGGUGGCUGUA